AAUUAAGUAUGUAUACGGAGUACAUGUACAUGUACAUGUAACUUAACUACAUGUUCGGCCAGUGCAGCUGCUAGCUAGUUCCGGGAAUUAUUGGAAGGAAGGAAAAAGGAAGCCAUUCGCUCGUAUCGGUUAGUUAUUCGUUAUUCAUUCAUUCAUUGUUGUUGACCUGAUGAUGAUAUGAUUGCGGGAUCAGAUGGAUGAUCCCUAGAUUGUUUUCUGCUCCCCUCACCAUCUCCAGCUCCUAGCUGCUAGCUCCAGCUAUCUCUCUCCCUUCAGCCCGCGCGGGGGUCGGUGCCGCUCGGGGGUGCAUGCGCGUUUGAAGAAACCAGGCCGGGGGCCCGACUUGUUAGAAGGGGUAACUACUGGCGAUCAAAAACCUGUUGAGGCCAGCCAGCUAGCCAGCUAGCCAGGCCGGUCGGCUCAUCCUUUAGCAAAGUUCCUGGCUUCGGCUUUCCGGUCGGGACUCGGGAGAAGGAAGUUCUAUACACUCACGGCCAAAAAUUAUUGUUUAUGAUGCUUCCUCCUCCGCCUCUCGUUCGGACGUUGCGUCCGGCCAGGGGAGGGCGGCUACUACAGCUGCUACCAACACUACCACCACGGCUAAUAAAGAGCGUGGGCGCGAAACAGCAAGGAAGGCAGUUUGGCACUGUUCCUACUGUUAUUAAUGCUGUAUCCACCGCUCCUACACCUGCGGCUCUUCAUGGUGUACAUGGUGUGCAUGUACAUGUGCCUAUGCGUGUACACAGACUUAUUUACGCAUCGGCACGGUCUUAUAAUAGCUGCGGCUUAAUUGCUGAGGCUGGAGCUGCUACUGCUACUGCUAUGGGAAGAAGAAGAAGAGGAGGAGGAGCAGGAGCAGUAGCAGGAAAGGCAAUCGUACAUUCGAAUAGCUGUAUGCGCACGCGCACGCUCCAGGAGUUCGAUAUGCACGAAUAUCUACGGAGCCUCAUGGCGCUGUACCGGAAAUGCGCCAUGGCCUUUUCGUCCGGUCAGCGUCAGCCACGAGUGAGAGAUGGGGAUGUUGCUGGGGGUCGAGUGUCUGUUGGUUGGGGACAUUUAGAACGGCAGACAGUAUUGACGUCACAACAACAGCAACAACAAGAACAAGAAUCGGCGGCGCAUAUACCAAGGAAUAGUAGUAGUGGUAGUAGUAGUGGUGGUGCCCACAACCCCUUCUCCCCUUCGCUGUCGGCCAGGGCACGGGAAGGUGUUGCAACACAUCAUCGGAGAUCAUGUUCGACCUCAGCAACCGUUUUUUCGUCCGCCACGGCUCCCUCGUCAUCACCAUCAUCAUCAUCAUCCUCAUCCUCACCAUCACCCUCAUCAUCACCCUCAAACACCACUAACGAUACCACAAACCAAACAUCAAAACAUACAUCCCCCAGCGGCCGGGCCGGCAGCAUCGACUUCACCCGCCUCUCCACGCUUAUACCCGACCAAAGCGCCACUGGCGUAAAUUCGCUCUGGUACAUCGUCGCGACCGCUGCGUUGCUAGCCUUCCAUAAGGAGGCGGCCGUGGGCGAGCUGUGGAAGUAUAUCAGCCAACGGUGCGAAAGCGAGGGAGAGAUUGGGGGAGUAGAUGCCACAACGAGGCAGCUUAGCAUUGCGAGACGGAUAAGAGAGAGCUGUUUGAAGGCGAGUGUACUGGUUGGAUUUCCUCGGGGCAUAAACGGCCUCCUCGCCCUCCAAUCCUCGCUCACCACCCACACCGCGCCAGCCAUCCACACAACCCUGAAAUCCGACAAACCCCUGCGCAGCCUCUUGACGUUCCCGAGCGCUGAGGCCCGCUACGCACGCGGCAAGCACUUCUUCACGCAGAUCUACGCGAACCACACGGAGCGGGUGCUCUCGUCGAUGAGCGCGAGUUCGGCGGGCGACCUGAGCUAUUUCGCGGUGUCGAGCAUCUAUGGCGAGUUGAUGGCUGAGAUGCGGAUUCUGGACGGGCGAGAGACGGUGUUGCUGGAGUUUGUGUGUUGUUUGGCGGAUGUGGUUGGGGCGCAGGCGAAGGGACACUUCUUCGGCUGCCGGAAUCUGGGCAUCACGGGGCCGGAGAUCCGCGGGGCGAUUGAGAUGGUGCGGGAGCUCGCGGGCCAGUUGGGGCUUGUUUCGUUUCUGGAGGAGGUGAGCGGGGAAGAAGAAGGAGGGGCGUUUCGGUUUUUGAAGAAGGCGGGCUCGUGGUGAUGGGGUGGAGAUGAGGGAUGAGGAUAGAGAGAUAUAGUAGAGGAGAUCAGGAUAGAGAUAUGAUAUAGUAGAUGAGCCCUUUGAUUCGAUAUAGGGGUCGGUUGCCAUUUUGAGGUCGAAUGAGCUUGUGUCUCUUAGUCCGGGGAGGUGUUUUUCAUAUCGUUUUGCAUGUGCAAUUACAGCCUGUUGUGAGGUAUAUUAGAUUUGAUAGAUUUGAUUUUAAAUCAAUUGUUUUUCUUUUCUAUUCAUUCCUGUUUUCUUCCCAGCAAAGGCUGGCUUAGGAAACAAGGCCAAAAAUGAAAAUAGAAA